AAGCGGAAGCGGAGCCUUAAAAUGGCGUACCAGACCUUCCGGCAGGAGUACCUGCAGGUGCCGCCCGUUACCCGGGCCUACGCCACCGCCUGCGUCCUCACCACCGCCGCCGUGCAAUUAGAACUAAUCACACCAUUUCAACUGUAUUUUAACCCCGAAUUAAUAUUUAAACACUUUCAAGUUUCUAAUAACAUUCAAGUGAAGGUAUGGCGAUUGAUUACAAACUACUUAUUCUUUGGGCCAGUUGGAUUUAAUUUUUUAUUUAAUAUGAUUUUUUUAUAUCGUUACUGCCGAAUGCUUGAGGAGGGGUCUUUCCGAGGUCGGACGGCAGACUUUGUAUUUAUGUUCCUUUUUGGUGGACUUUUAAUGACUCUUUUUGGCUUGUUUGUGAACUUGGUUUUCCUGGGUCAGGCCUUUACAAUAAUGCUCGUGUAUGUGUGGAGCCGCAGGAAUCCCUACGUCCGUAUGAACUUUUUUGGUCUUCUCAUCUUCCAGGCCCCAUUUCUGCCCUGGGUACUCAUGGGCUUUUCAUUGCUAUUGGGGAACUCCAUCAUUGUGGAUCUUUUGGGGAUCGCAGUUGGACACAUAUAUUUUUUCUUAGAGGAUAUCUUUCCUAAUCAGCCUGGUGGUGGACGGCUUCUGAAAACACCAUCUAUUUUGAAAGCAAUGUUUGAUACACCAGAAGAUGAUCCCAAUUACAAUCCGCUGCCCGAAGAGCGACCAGGAGGAUUUGCAUGGGGUGAAGGUCAGCGCCUCGGAGGCUAAUAAAUGGCUGUGCCAAUACCCAGACAUAACUGGAAGGAACUAAACUGAAGUACCAUAUUGGGAAUUCUCUUUCUCCUUGUUGCAGAAAGGACACUUUACAGCUUUAUGGUUCUGAAUACAAGAAGCACUUUAUGAUAUGGCAGUCUAACUAAUCCAAGACAUUUCCAGGAGACUACCAGUGUCUUUCUACACCAGGGGUUUUGUUGUAUUGGUACUGAAAGCAUAAUCUAGUGAAGCCAAAAAAAACCCCAACCCAACUGGAAACCAUUUCCUGUUAACUUCAGUUAACAAGACCAUGCGUACUCAUUUGAAAAUGUUUCUAAGGCAUUUUUUCCAAGUUAUUUGAUACAGGAAACUGUGUAUAGGAAACUUUGAGGGACAAAAUAAAACUUUGGCUUUAACUUUUUUCUCAUUGGAUAAAAAGGAGACGUGUGAGAUCUUUUAAAGUGAUUCCCUAUUCUUGUUGUCGAAGGCUGGUAUGAAGCAAAAUACAAUAAAUUUCCAAGCCUGUU